AUGUGUUUUAAAAUUUAUAGAAUAUAUUGCAGUUUCCUUUUAUUCAGAGCAGAUUUGUCCAAUACAUUGAACAGGAAGAAUUCGCAUGACAAAACCACCACUUCUGCAUUCAAGUUUCUUGACGAAGAUGCCUCAAGGGCGAAGCAGUCACAGUCACAGUCAGAAGUUGUUGGCAAAUCUCCGGAGCCAACUUCGAAUCAAGUGAACUAUAACAUACAGGGCAGUCAGCCGCUAAAUAACGAGAUCGAAAAUGGGUCACCCUCUGCAGAUUUGGGACAGACACAAACAAUGACGAGAGAUGACGAGAGAAUGGACGAAAUCAUUGAGAACUACAAUUCGGAAGGAAACCCAAUGUCAGCGGGUGUUUCGCCCCAGGAGACAGAACGAUUAGACAAUAUGCAAAGAGGUGGAAUUGAAGCAGAGCCAGAUAAACCAAAGGGUAAUGGUUCCGGAGAAGUUGCUAUGCAGCGAUUGGAAAGUGUGGAUCCGAUAGAAGACCCGGAGCAGAGUUCGGCUUCUAGGAGUUUUGAACCGGGUGACUCGGAAGAAAGAGGCGCCAGCAGAGAAGCAGUAUCAAAUGAUCCAAUUGUUGUCAGUAUAUCACAGGAAGUUCCUGAUGAUGAAAAUCAGGAACAGACUGAAGUUGCUGAAGAGAAAACAGGAGCAUCCGACGGUGCUGCUAAAUUGGCAGAAAAUGACAAGUCACUGGGCAUUAUGAACAGCACUCAGAUUGCGGCACCGAAAGAUAAUAGCGGUAGCUUAGAUAACAGCGAUAACGGAAACUCAGAGAGAGUCAUGCAUAGUAAUAUGAUCGGGUUGCCGAAAGACGAAAGCAAGAGUAAUGAUGCGAGCGAACAUCAAAAUUCUAUUCGGGUGAUGGACAGCAGGAUGAUAGGAGCUCCCAAGGAUGAUGGGAGUCGAAGCAUUGACGCGGCCAGUCAAAAUGCUAAUUCUGCUCGUGUCAUGGACAGUACUCUAGUGGCUGGACCCAAAGAUUACAGUCGAAGCCUGGAUGCCAGUGACAAUAGUAGGAAUUCAGAAAAAGUUGUACAUAGUAACCUUGUCGGUCCCAGAGACGAUGAAAAUAGCACAGGGGUUAGUGAGAAUCCUAACUCUAUGAAAGUCAUGGAUAGCACAAUGAUUGGCGCUCCAAAAGAGGAUAGCCGAAGUAUGGAGGCUCCAAGUGAUAAUGCUAAUUCGGCUCGAGUUAUGGAUAGUAGAAUGGUUAUUGCUCCCAAAGAUGGCAGCGGGAGCUUAGACGAUAGCGGUCAUGGAGAGUCAAGCAGUAAAGCCGAACCGCAACGAGGCUUAGAACACGAGAAUGCUCAGGAAAAUGGAGAGACAAAGGCAGUGAAUGGGGAGGCAAUGGCAACUGCAGACAACACAAUCAACAUAGUCAGUACACCGGCAAAUGAGACUAUGGAUAGAACAGCAGAUGAAAGUGCUCAAGGUCCCGCAAGCAAAUCGCGACUCACUGGUCUCGAUGAAUCAGGAGUCAAAGUAGGCUCAGAGGGUUCUGUUGAAUACCACGAAACAGUACCAGAAUCGAAACAAAAUCAAGGCGCAGCCAUAAAGGAACACCCAGACAGUGAGAGGAAAGACUCAGAAAAGUCAACUGGCAAAAACGUGCCAUUUGUUGGCGUGCCCUCACAUGAAAGCAAUGCGGACGCCCCAAAUCAUUCAGAAGGAAAUUCGGAGAUGGAAGAAGAGAACAAGGAUACGACGACGGAAGAUGAACAGAAACUGUCGCAAGACGUCAUUGCGUCACCUAACGAGUUACCGCCUAUUGCGGAGACUUCGCGGGAACCGCUGAACUCAUCGGUGACUGAAAACACCGAACGGCUUUCGGACAGUCGAAUCCACAAGAGUGGAAGUCAGUUUGAAACAGAAGCUGGAACUGCUGGCAGUGAUCAAAAGAAAGAAAAUGAAGCGGAGAGGUCGGGACUCGAACCGCCGGCGACUGGUUCUUUGAAAGGAGAUAGAUCAGAUGCUGACGCCGAUGCAAGAACUACUGGUUCGAGAGAGACUAUGGGGAGUUUAAAGAAGCAUAAAUCAAAGGGCGCUCGCAAUUCUGUUACUGUGAAUCCUCCGUUGCAGAUCGUAGACAAUACAGUAGUAGAAAAAGAAGAAGUUUCCGAAAGUCAGGCCAAUAAAGACUCAGUGGUGCCCCACGAAGAGGGGAAGACGUUUGACACCGAGGAUCCCAAGCAAGUCAAACCGAAUACAGAGUGCCUGAAAGACGCAGAAGGAAAGGAACAGAAAGAGGAGAGUAAACCACAAGCGAAGAGUUUACACGAUGCUGAGGCUGAUGCUGCAAAUUUGUCGGCACUGGCUGGAAAUAAAACAGCGCCUCCGGUUGUUGCCGACGAGUCCAAAGGUGACGUAGGAGCAGAUACGGAUGUGGAUGAGAUAAACAAGAAUAUUUCCGGUGACAACAUGGAAGGAGAUGUUAAGGCACCAACUACAGCUUGUUGCAUUCUGCUGUAAAAAUACUGACCAAUUGUCAAAUUUAACGAAGAAUGGAUGUCACAUAAAAG